AAACGGAGGAUCAAAUUCGGAUGGCGCGGCUUGGUAAUGAUCCACGCAAUUAAGGCGCACUUGAAAAGGCUCCAUCGGUUGCGUGUUUGACAGCCCAAGCUGUCAGCGACAUGACCAGCGUGUAUACAGUGAACUCAUGUCACCCGUGCUGGCACUCUACUGGUGUCGCCAUCCGUAAUGACAAGUUAAUUGAAGUUGACUGGAACCAUGACGUGUAGCAGCCACUGAAAGUUACGCGCCUCCCAAGCGCGGACAAAACACCAAGUCACGUGCACGUUAUCAAGUCUAUCAGGCGAUCUUCCAAACUCAAGCAAAGGUCUUAAUCUCGCGCGGUAAAGUGCAAGCCGCCGAACAGGUUCUUCCUCGCCUCACGGUUACGAUCGCAAUACAGAUAAUUCGAUAGUACUCCGAUAUAUUACAUCUUUCGAGGCACACCGUCACCAUGUCAUCACGAAAGCCCGCCGAUGUGGCGUCGAAGGAGCGCAAUGAAUAUAUUCCGUCUUUCAUCUCAAAGAAGCCGUUCUAUAUAGAUGACGAUUCCACAAAUGAUUAUCUGGAGCAUCAACGUCUACAAAAGCAGACUACAGAGCAAUCGAAGUGGUAUGAGCGCGGAAAGCGUGCCGGUCCAGCUGCGACCAAGUAUCGAAAAGGCGCGUGUGAGAACUGUGGUGCGAUGACCCACAAAACAAAGGAGUGCCUUAGUCGGCCUCGGAAGCAGGGUGCGAAGUGGACCGGUAAAGAUAUUCAGGCCGACGAGGUGGUGCAGAACGUCGAUAUGGGAUGGGAUGCCAAAAGAGAUCGAUGGAACGGCUACGAUGCCAGCGAAUAUCGCCAGGUGGUAGAAGAGUACGAAGAGCUUGAAAAGCUCAAACGAGUAACCGGACAAAACAAGAUUACAGAUGGUGAAGAUGAGGAAGGAGGUGCGGAGGAAGAGGCACGGUAUGCUGAAGAAUCUGAUAUGGGAAGACAGCAAAGCACAGCUACUCGAAAUCUACGUAUUCGAGAAGACACUGCGAAAUACUUGUUGAACCUCGAUCUUGACUCGGCGAAAUAUGAUCCCAAGACACGACGGAUGGUGGAUAUGGGCGCUCAGGAAGAUCAAGCCGCAGCCCUUGUUGCUGAGGAAAAUUUCGUUCGCGCUUCCGGCGAUGCGGCGGAGUUUGAAAAAGCUCAAAAAUAUGCCUGGGAAGCUCAGGAAAGCGGUCGGCAGAAGAUUCACCUGCAAGCAAAUCCGACGUCUGGAGAGAUCUUACGGAAGAAAGAACAGGCAGAUACUGAAGCUAAACGUCAGGCCCAGCGUAAAGCACUUCUGGAGAAAUAUGGUGGUGAGGAGCAUCUGGCUCCGACACCGCUACGAGAUACCAUGGUCGUUGAAAACGAAAGGUUCGUUGAGUAUGACGAGACCGGGGCGAUUAAGGGCGCGCCGAAGAAAGCAGCCAAGUCAAAGUACCCGGAGGAUAUCCUCACCAACAACCACACUUCCGUAUGGGGCAGCUGGUGGCACAACUUUGAAUGGGGAUAUGCUUGCUGUUACUCCACGGUGAAGAACAGUUACUGCACCGGCGAAGAUGGAAAGAGGGCAUUCGAAGAGGCAGAUAAGAUGUUGAUGCUAGAAGCCGUCGGUGGAGCAGAUGAGCAGCCUGAAGCUGAAACCGAAGAUGUAGUAGAACGUCCGAACCAAGAGCAGGACAUUGACGAUAGGAGAGCAGAGGACUCCGGCACCAAGUCGAAAAAGAGGACGUUGAUGGAGGUACAAUCUGGUAUCACCGAGGAGGAGUUGGAGUCGUAUAAAAAAAGCCGUCUCGCGGCAGAUGAUCCUAUGGCUAAGUUCAUAGGGAACGACAUCCUUGAACAGUAAACUAUAUGGUUCCCUCCAGCUUUCUUCGAUUCUACUUAGUCAUUAGAGCAGUUCAAUAUGGGGCGCCGGGCGCUUUUGAUGAAAUACCCUGUAAACAGUGUAUAAUAUAAUUUGUUACUUUAUAUAGCUAUUUUGAAAGUCCUCGGGGAGAAUAGAAAAAAAAAGUUAAAGAAGAAGAAAA